UUUCACUGUUGGUAUUACACUUUAUAGCACAGAUACCAAGAUUGGAAUAAAGCAAUUUGAACUGAAACUGUCUGGAGCGCAACUACUCAGGCAACAUAUUAGAAGAAAAGUAUCAGAGAAGUGGCAACCAUGGACUUUCCCUUCUCCUUGCUGAUACUAGGGCUACUGUACCUGUCUGUGGCACAAGAAUGUGGACAACCAAGAACCCCACGAAUUGUUGGAGGUCAAGAUGCCAUCAAGGGGAAAUGGCCCUGGCAAGUCAGCAUUCUCGAGAAUAAUAAGCCUAUUUGCGGUGGCUCAGUUAUAAGUGAUCAAUGGGUCCUAUCGGCAGCUCAUUGCUUCUAUGACAGUGCACCUGAUUACGAAUACAUAGCGCUGCUGGGUGCUUAUCAGCUCUUGAAUCUCUCAAGUGAUGCAGUAUUUGCAGCGGUGAAAAAAAUUGUCCUCCACCCAGACUACGAUGGGAAGAGCAGCUCCCUUGGGGAUAUUGCUUUAAUUCAACUGCAAAUGCCAGUGAAUUUCACCAACUCCAUUAUACCCAUCUGCUUGCCGACACCCUCUGAAAAGUUCUCUAGGGAAGCGGAUUGCUGGGUCACCGGAUGGGGAGCAAUUAAGGAGAAGGUAAACUUACCACCUCCGCUCACUCUCCAGGAAGUGAAAGUGCCUUUCAUAAGCCAGAGAGACUGCAGCCUGCUCUACAACCAGUUUCCAAUUCCAGGCCUGGGCAAGGGUGCUAUCAAGCAUGAUAUGAUCUGUGCAGGUUCUCCAGAUAGUGGGAAGGAUUCCUGUCAGGGUGACUCGGGAGGUCCCUUGGCUUGCCAGCUUCAAGGAAGGUGGACUCAGGCUGGGAUUGUGAGCUGGGGAGUUGGAUGUGCCAGUGACGUAUACCCUGGGGUCUACACUUCAGUGCCUUUCUAUGCUGACUGGAUCAAAACUACAAUGGAGGGGAAAAAAAAUGGAGGACUGCAAAAUGUACCCGCUCUAGUCGUCCUUUUAUUGUCCCUUGGACUGGCUCUUCUUUGAUAUUUCUUUGCCUUCAGCCUGUCAGUUAACCCAGUGUUUUUCAACCUUGGCAACUUUAAGAGGUGUGGACUUCAACUCCCAGAAUUCCCCAGCCAGCAUA